GAACCAGCAGCCGAGCGCCCACGUGCCAAAACCUAAUCUCUUCCCUCCAGACAAAAUCUUAGAACCUGGACCGCCGCAGACUCACAGCAUACUUGCCUGAAAGUUAGACCAUCACUCACUUCCAUCCGAGGGGCCAGGGAAGUGAAAAUGAACUUCACAGAUGGCGGCCUGCUGGCCAUCAGCACGACUCUUGCAUUUUGGACUUCAAUCGCGACGGUGGCAUAUGUGGUCAUCACAUUCACGUACAACGUUUUGUUCCAUCCACUGCGGUCAUAUCCAGGCCCGCUGCUAUGGAGAGCUACGCGGAUCCCCUACCACAUCAAAGUCUUGAGCGGAACCCUGUCCAUUGACAUGCUGGACUUGCACAAGAAGUACGGCCCCGUGGUGCGCAUUGCUCCUAACGAGCUAGCUUUCGCAAACGCCUCGGCCUGGAAGGAGAUCCUUGGCCACAAUCCCAAGGGCGAGGAAUGCGGCAAGUGGGUCCCCUUCUACCGGCCCGUCCCUGAGGCCCCGGACAACAUUAUCUCCGCCGAACGCCAGAAACACGGUAUCAUCCGCCGCCAGCUGGCGCACGGGUUCAGUGACAAGUCGAUGCGCGAGCAGGAGCCUAUCAUUAGGUCGUACGUAGACCUGUUGAUGAAGCGGCUGCGGGAGAACUGUGCUGGUGGUCAGAAGCCGGUCGACAUGACGGCCUGGUUCAAUUUCACCACAUUCGAUGUAAUUGGUGAUCUCGCGCUCGGCGAGUCUUUCGGAUGCCUUGAGGAGUCUAAUUGGCACUCCUGGGUUAAAACCAUCUUUUACCUUGCCGAGCUCGGGGCCUACAUGCAGAGUGCCGCGCAUUACCCUACCAUCACGAAGUCACUUCUGAGACUGGUGCCUAAGAGCUUGAUGAAGUCGUUCAAUGAGCAUGCGGUCUUCACCCAAAACAGGGUUGCGAAGCGGAUGGAACUGGGCAAGGUCCGCCAUGAUCUGAUUGAGGGUCUUAUCAUGAAGCAGGAGGACUGGCAAAUGCCCCAGGCCGACAUCGAAUCCCACGCCGGCCUGCUCAUCAUAGCAGGGUCCGAGACGACGGCAACUCUCCUCUCGGGCUGCCUGUUUCUCCUUCUGAACAACCCGGACACUCUCGCCAAGCUGACCAAUGAGAUCCGCUCGGCCUUCACGGAAGAAGAAGAGAUCACUAUUGCCUCAGCCGGGCAGCUGGAGUACAUGCUGGCCUGUCUAGACGAGGCACUGCGUUGCUACCCGCCGGUGCCACUUGGCAACCCGCGCGUUGUUCCUAAGGGUGGCAAAGUGCUGUGUGGGAAAUACGUUCCCGAAGACACACACGUCGCCAUCUGGCAGUGGGCGACUUACCACUCUGAAGAAAACUUCGUCGAGCCAUUCAAGUACCUCCCGGAGAGAUGGCUCAAGGACGGCAACCCCAAGUUCGCCAACGACAAGAAGGAGUCGAUGCAGCCCUUCUCAUUCGGCCCGAGGAACUGCAUCGGUAGGAACCUGGCUUACGCCGAGAUGAGGACCAUCAUGGCCCGCCUCAUCUUCAACUUCGACCUCAAGCUCGCGCCUGAGAGCAGGGGCUGGCUGGAUCAAAAGGUCUUCAACCUUUGGCAGAAGCCACCGCUGAUGGUGCAUCUUACUCCCAGGGCUCAGAACUAA